AAAGCCCUGUGAAAAGACAGCUCCACUUCUCUCACUUUCUCUCACUCACUCUACAGCUUCCAAAAGCUUUUCUUUAAUGGCGAUUAUCACUGAAGAAGAAGAGGAAUCGAAAACCCUAGUUACACCUGAGAUUAAUUCGAAGUCGGAAUCGGCGGCUAUGAAGAAUCCCCAACAUAAACCCGAAUCUCAAAAUCCUUUCCCUUUCUGGUUCCACUUUACACUCGUCGUCUCUCUCGCCACUAUCCUUUCUGUAUCUCUCUCUCUUUUCUCUUCUCACAACGAUCCAAGAUCCUGGUUUCUCUCUCUCCCACCAGCUCUCCGUCAACAUUACUCAGAUGGACGAACAAUCAAAGUCCAGGUAAACCCUGACGAGUCACCGAUCGAGGUUUUUGUAGCUGAAUCUGGUUCGAUUUAUUCAGUGAAUGUGAUAAUCGUUCAUGGGUUAGGUCUUAGUUCGUAUGCGUUUCGGGGAAUGAUCCAAUCGCUAGGAUCGAAAGGGAUUCAUGGUGUGGCUAUUGAUUUGCCCGGAAAUGGAUUCUCUGAUAAAUCGAUGGUUGUGGUAGGUGGAGAUAGAGACAUAGGGUUUGUGGCUAGGGUUAAGGAAGUUUAUGGUUUGAUUCAAGAGAAAGGUGUUUUCUGGGCGUUUGAUCAGAUGAUUGAAACCGGAGAUUUGCCGUAUGAGGAAAUCAUAAAACUCCAGAACUCGAAACGGAGAAGCUUGAAAGCUAUUGAAAUAGGGAGUGAAGAAACAGCUAGGGUUUUAGGUCAAGUGAUUGACACUUUGGGUUUAGCUCCUGUGCAUUUGGUUCUUCAUGAUUCAGCUCUAGGGUUAGCUUCAAACUGGGUUUCGGAGAAUUCUCCCAGUAUUCGAAGUAUAUCGCUUAUUGACUCCAGUAUUAGCCCAGCAUUGCCUUUGUGGGUUUUGAAUGUACCGGUAAUUAGAGAGGUUUUGUUAGGAUUUUGGUUUGGUUUUAAGCAGCUAGUGAGCUUCCGUUGCUCAAAGGAGAUGACUUUAUCGCAAAUCGAAGCUCAUAGAAUACUCUUAAAGGGAAGAAAUGGGAGGGAAGCUGUUGUUGGUUCAUGGAGGAAGCUCAAUCAUAGCUUUGACAUUGCCCAGUGGGGUAACUCAGAUGCGAUUAGUGUUAUCCCGAUGCAAGUGAUUUGGUCUAGAGAAGGGUCUAAAGAGUGGAGCGAUGAGGGCCAACGUAUAGCUAAGGCUCUUCCAAAGGCAAAGUUUGUCACUCACUCAGGCACCCGGUGGCCUCAGGAAAGUAAAUCCGGCGAGCUUGCAGACAAGAUUGCUGAUUUCGUCUCUCAGCUUCCGAGAUCCAUCAGACGAGUUGCUGAAGAACCUGUCCCGGAGAAAGUUAAGAAAGUUUUAGAAGAAGCAAAGGCCGGUGGUGACCAUCACCAUCAUCAUGACCAAGGGCAUGCCCAUGCUGGUUACACGGAUGCUUACGGUCUUGGUGAGGGAUGGACUACCUGAUAUACAUUUGAGUUUCUUGUUUUGGUUAUUAUGACUAUUUUGAGAUUGUUUUUGUUCAAAUUCUAAAAUCUAUAUAUAUAAAGCUGAAUCUCCCAUUUUCU